CAUGUUGGUCAAAUUGAACCAAUAUUUGCAAUUUUUCAGACGAUAAUUUAGUUUUAUUGGGUUUCACCUGUGUGCUGAUUUGGUCAGUUCUGAUUUAGUUAUUAUUAAAAUUCAUGUAGGUAAAUUUAGACGACAGUUAAAACUAUUGAAAUUAGCUUAAUAACAUCCAUUUUCAAUUUUACCAAGCUAGCCUCGUGAAGUUUCUCGCGAAGCGAAUGCGUGCCGCGCAGCCGAGAUUUAAAGUGAUUGCGACUUAGUGUCAAUAACGCACACCUGUGAUAUCAGGUGGAACCCCACAGAGAAAAUUGUAAAUUAUCAAAGAAAUCAACACAAACAAACUAUUUUACCUUUUGUUGAUUAGCCGCUCCCUGCUAGCUCUCAGCCGCUGAACAACCAACCAAACUAAGCAACCAACCAAAAGCUGACUGGCUAUCAAAUUGUAACUAUCCAAAAUUGCAACUGAACGAAUGGCAAAUACAAAGCAUUUGAUGUGGGAGUGAAAUGAAUAACACUUCCUGUGAAAAAUACUCCACCCGAGUUUGACUUUCGACCUCCCGCGGAGAAACCAAUUUGGACGAAACUUCGACCCUAAUUGCAAAUUUUCUUUACAGUCUACAUUAUUGCAAAUUCGCGAAUUCUUUAUCUGAAAAAUCUCGAAAACCUGGGAUCUGCUCAGAUUACUUUAAUUUAUGUGGGCCGCUGACGCCAUUUUUCUCUGACUUGGUUAUUUAUUUUGAAUGAGUUAUUUUGAUCGGUCUGUUAUACCCUUGCUUAUAACUGCUUGGUUUUCUUUUGUUAUGGCCGACACUGGUGACUUGAGGAUGACUAACUUUGGACUGUGUGCACUGUUUAUGUGCUUCCGAUCAAUAGAUGCCCAAAUUUUUCCCGAAGUUGAACAACCCUGGUGGGACACAUUUCUACUUUCAAAACAGUACACAGAUACAUCGGUGUAUCAAAAAUCUGAACUCAAUUUGUCGAGUAAGUUACAUGUGGCCGGCUCGAUGAAUGAAAAGUUGUCAGCCUCAAACUCGGCUUCUUCGACCACAAGUACGAAGGAUGGCCUCCCGGACUAUGUGGCGAUGGAUUUUAAACACGUGUCGCUGUUAUCAUCUCGCCAGAAGUACCUGGAUAACUACAAUGGUCUGGAGAAGAUUCUGUUCGAAAGCACAAACUUGGCUCUCAGAGAGUGCAGGAGGUUGUCCAGGCACCUAUUGUGGCGGUGUCCGACUUACACAGAUACAAUCACAGGUGGAAAGAGCUUCUCGUUUGAGCUCAAAAAAUUCACCAAAGAGUUCAGUUACGUGUCAACUCUAAACAGUGCCGCUCUCAUGUACAAGAUCAGAGAAGGCUGUAUGCAGGGGGAGCUGCGCUUUUGUGACUGCCGCUACAACCCAGACAGCACAACCCGUCUCAACGAGACCCACACGCUGGACAAAGAUUGCUCCGAGAUCCACAAGAUGCCCAGAGACCUGUCACGCAAAUUCACAGACAAACCACUUCUGCCCCCAGACAGACAGUUUUUCCUGGAGACGGCAGUGGUGUUGCACAACUACCUGCUGGGUAGAAAACUGGCGGAGAAGCAGUUGAAGCUGGUGUGUCGUUGCAGUGGCACUGGAGUGAGUGGGUCCUGUGUGCACAAGGUCUGCUGGCAAUCCCUUUCCUUCCCAGAAGUGGCCAACUCCAUCCGCAAGAGAUACACCAACGCCAUCAGAGUGAAACUUGGCAAUGAGUUCUCCUCCAAAACCGAACUUCCCAAUUUGGUGCCCACCGAUGACCCAUUCGAACAAGCCAGGAAAACCCAGAUGGUAUACUCUAGCAUGGAGUCCGAGGCGGUGUGUCUGGAGUCGGGAGCCGAGUGCCCCUCGGAAACAGCCAACCACAAAGAAUGCGAAAUAUCCUGCUGCUCGGGGCAGUUUGAACUUAUCCGAAGAGAGAUUGCUGUUGAAUGCAACUGUGUGUUUCAUUGGUGCUGUCAAGUUGAAUGCCAAGUGUGUUACGACACCAAAGAACAGCCGAUUUGCAAGUGACGCUACGACUAUAAGUUCUUAUCUCAUUGGUCGGUUUCAACUUACACGAACAAGAACAAACCAAUCAUGAUGUCUGAUUGAAUGAGUGCCAAAUGAUUGUUCAAUGCUUAAUUAGAUUUUUUAUGUUUCAAUUAACUGACUGGA